UCAGUUGCAUUUGGGAAUUGUACGGGUAGGGUUUGUUGCGGUCGCGAGAUUGAAUGCAAAACGAAAAGUGACGCGCGUUUUCAUUUGCGGAAAAGCACGCGGGACGCAGCCGUGCGACUGUGCGAGGAAAUUGCGACACACUGAAAACUGUAGGGCCACGAUGCGUGAAAAAUUUUCAAUCCUGAAUUCUAAUCGCGACCUGAGCAACCGUCCAUCGCACACAUAAAACAAGCGUUAUUUACGCUCGCGAAAUUCUAGAGGCUAGUUGUUACUUCGCGUGGGCAACGAAGACAGGAAGGGACACGAUGUCUCUAAGUGCGAGCGCAGAAAAUUUAUCGUCCGAAGGACAAAAUAGUGAAAGGUGGAACAUGUGCCUUGAAUUGGCUCUCGAGGGUGAGCGGCUCUGUAAGGCCGGAGACUGCAGAUCUGGGGUAGCAUUUUUCCAAGCUGCUAUACAAGCUGGCACGGAUGACUUGCGAAUCUUAAGUGCAAUUUACAGCCAGUUAGGAAAUGCUUAUUUUUACCUCGGUGAUUAUUUGAAAGCGAUGCAAUACCACAAACUGGAUUUGACCCUUGCGCGUAAUAUGGGUGAUAAACUGGGCGAAGCCAAGUCUAGUGGAAAUUUGGGGAAUACAUUGAAAGUCAUGGGAAAGUUUGACGAGGCUAUGAUCUGCUGUAAAAGACACUUGGAAAUAUCAAGAGAAAUUGGUGACAAGCUCAGCGAAGGACGAGCUUUGUACAAUUUAGGAAAUGUGUAUCAUGCCAAAGGUAAACAAGCUGGUAGGGCUGGUCAUCAAGAUCCUGGAGAAUUUUCAGAGGAUGUCAGACAGUGUUUGCAGCAAGCAGUACGGUAUUACGAAGAAAACUUAGAAUUGAUGAAGGAAUUGGAAGAUUCUGCUGCUCAGGGCAGAGCCUGUGGAAACUUAGGAAACACAUUUUACUUAUUGGGUGAUUUUGAGCAGGCAAUUUAUUAUCAUAAUGAAAGGUUAAAAAUAGCCAGAGAAUUUGGUGACAAGGCUGCUGAGAGGAGAGCAAACAGUAAUUUAGGAAACUCUCACAUAUUUCUUGGGGAAUUUGAAAAAGCUGCACAACAUUACAAGAGAACUCUAGUCCUUGCACAAGAAUUAGGAGAUAGAGAGGUAGAGGCACAAGCAUGCUAUUCCCUAGGAAACACGUACACUCUGCUCAGAGACUAUCCAACUGCUAUAGAAUACCAUUUAUGGCAUCUUGAAAUAGCACAACAGCUGAAGGACAGAGUAGGUGAGGGACGUGCCUGUUGGUCUUUAGGCAACGCGUAUGCUGCAAUGGGAAACCAUGAAAAAGCGUUGCACUACGCCAACCGACACCUGAUCAUAUCAAAAGAGCUGGAAGAUCCGAUGGGACAAGCUACCGCGCAAAUGAAUGUCGACGAUCUGCAAAAGAUUUUGGGUUUGGGAAAAGGGCAACAAGAAAAUAAUAAAGAAAAUAUCGCGCAAAAACUUUCGACCAAUACGAGUUCCAACGUUAAUAUAUCUUCGCCAUGUAGAUAUAGACUUAGACGACAAAGCAUGGACAACUUGGAUCUCAUCAAACUCACGCCGGACGCAAAAUUAAAAGAGCAAGCCGAGUCUCAGAUUGACAAAAGUAACAACGUGACACCACAACUUACUCAAAAGGAAGAUGACAGUUUCUUUGAUCUCUUGUCACGGUUUCAAUCUGGUAGAAUGGACGACCAACGCUGUGCAUUAAAUAUAAAUCGUAAUCAAAAGUUCAGAACAAUCGCCCCCGAAGAAUGCGAAUCGGACGAUAAGGAUGGAGAUGAUUUGUUAGAGCUAAUCGCUGGUAUGCAAAGUAAAAGAAUGGACGAGCAACGGGUAACGCUGCCUUAUUUACCUGGCCUAAACUGUAAUCAAGAUUCCGAUGACUCGUUCAUUGAAAUGCUGAUGAGAUGUCAGGGUUCACGUUUGGAAGAUCAACGGAGCCCUUUACCGGCGCCGUCGACAGUCCACGAUGCCGAAGAGGAACACAACCAAAGAUCUAAUGGAACUGCUCAAGCCGGAUCGACUGUUCCCGAAGAGGAUCUUUUCGCUUUAAUACAAAGACUUCAGGCUGGACGAAUGGAAGAUCAAAGAGCUUCCGGUCCUGGCAAGGCCAGUUAAGGAAAGUUCACGCCUAUAAUCGCGAAAAGUCCUAUGGUAAUGAAUCACCUCUCUCCUGCUUGUAAUUCUACUACUCAUCCUCUUGUCUUCUCAUUUACAAUUUAUGAAACGUUCAGUGCUUAAUUUGUGCAUUCCGCUCGCAUCCUAUGGAUUCAUUGCCCGAGUGUGACUCAGAUUCUAGGAAACUGCAAGGUACAAUACCGUUACAUACCGUCCACUGACAUUGGUUCUCGUUUAUGCUCGAAACAGUGCGAUAUACUGCAUUUUUGCAAUUAUUUUACACUGAUUUUGUAAUAAAAGGGCCUUCCUUUGCUUAUUUUAAUUCCGUAUUUAUAACAUGGUGCCAAAUUCUGUACACAUACGUACAAGUCUACGUUACACGUGCAACGGAUCGGAGAGUGUCGCGCGAUGUUGAAUAAAAAUAAUUUUCCAUCGGCCUUUCUGUAAUCCUCCGUUACGUUUAUAGUGGCAGAUAGAGAAUGAUUAAAAAUUUAAUGACAAAAAUGUGACAUUAUGAACACUGCCAGGCUGAGAGUUAUACAACCAAUAAAAAUUAUUUCUUGUGUGCCGGCACAUAAAACCUUUUUUCGACUCGCGAUUUAAUAUCAUGGAAUUGGUGCCAAAUGAAAUUUAUCUGUUAAGAAUGAAAUAUUAAAGGUGAAAGAAAAAAUUGUUGGCUUUCGAAAAGAUGUUGCUCUAUUUUUCUGCAUCGGAUGUAUCAUCUAUUGUACGUUGAUCUAAAUGUAAUCACUGUGACUCAUAUAAUUAUAAUUAUUGACCUUACAACUUUGAUUACGAUAUUGUAAUCAGUUUCUAUCGUUGAUGUACUUUGCACAUUCCAAACAUUAAAUGGAAUGUUGAGGGCUUAUACCUGGAUAGACUGGAUCGAUCGCAAUCGAGAUAUCAUUAUAGCGGUAUUAUCAUUUAAAAGCAAUGAAACUUACAAGCAAACUUAAUUAUACAUAAAGGAAUUCUAUUUAUACGAACUCUUCAACUUAUACACUUUGGUACAGCCCAUCGUAUCGCAUCCAAGAAUUUUCAAACGAUGAACAGUCGGGGAAAAUAAAAACUAUUUCAUUAAAUCCUCGUAUUUAGAAUCCUAAACGGUUACUUUUAUCGAUAAGUGAUUUAAAUAAAUGUAAAUUCUCCGCGUCGUUUAUCUUUGUAUACACGCUAAAAUACGAUAUCAAAAAGAUGUUUCAGAUAAGAAUCUUUAAAAAGAAAAAAGAGAUAAAACAUUGCCUUAAUAAUUUAUGCUGUUCUAUCGAUCUAUCAAAGCGUAAUUGUAUGCAUUUUGAGGCCUAUAGGCCUCACGCCUACUUAUUAUACAUAUACAUUAAUAUAUAUGUACCAAAACUAACUACGAGACCGACUAUAAAACUGAACCGAGCCUGACCCAAAUCACUAUACUUAACGCGUCGAGUAUCAUUGUAGGGAAGUGUCGAUUAGUGUCGCGAGAGAGAACGAGAGGAAAGUACAAGAGCUAAUUGUAAUUCCUGUAUGUAUGAAUCGUAGUAUUAUUUUUCUUGUUGUUGAGCAAAACACUAUGUAACUAUAUGGAUCUAAACAAAGUUCUAACGAUAUAAACGUACAAGCUCAUCGUCGUGGUCAUUCGUGCUCGCCAUCGUUAUCGUCGUUGAAAUGACCUAACUAACAUUACUGAUUCGUUAUUGAGUUUAUAUAAUAACGAGGAGAUCGAUAAUAACUAUUUUUCGUAGACGUUACAUUUGUACUGCAUUCUAUGUAUAUCUUCAAUAAUGUAUAUGUUUAAUUUCGUAAAGCAGUUCGCGACGCUGCCAUAGCGAACUAGGUACUAACGAGGUAACAGAAUUUUUUUAAAUUGUAAUGUUUUUUAUGAAAUCUGUUUUUGAUCAUAGCUUUGCAUCUCAUUCUUAUAGAGUUAUGUACAAUACAGAGAUUCAAUAAAUAUAUACAUAUACUUUUUCCACAA